AUGGAGAGUCCGGUGCCAUAUAGCAGAGGGUUGCAGAAACAUUCGAUCACGAAGCAAGCGCGAAGUGGAUAUGAACCAUCUGAUACAGAGACAGAAUUGCAUGAAGCUCCGUGGAGUCAAUUCAAUAAAAAGAGCUUAGAAUUGGGAUCUGGAGUACCAAAAAUGAGUCCUGAAGAAACCAGAAAUUUAAAUCAUCUGAGACUCAACAGAAGACACUCUUCAAAGUUCGAUCCUGAAGGUCUUCCACCUCCGAGAAGACACAGCAAAUCUCCAUACAAAACACGACGAGAUGACGCGAAUCCCCGAUCACCAACUCUCGGCCCACUUCCUCUUCCACCUGGGAGAAACAUCAGCCCCUUUUCAAAAUCUGAGCGUAGGAGACACGUUUCACCAUUUCUACAAUCGCAUGAUCCAUUGGAUGAUAAUGAUGAAGCUAAUGGCUCAUAUAUCAAGCAAAAACUCAGACAAUCAAAUCAUGAUUACACUAGAACAUUAUCAGCACCUAGACUUCGACCAAAGGACAAAGACCAAAGGGUAAAAAGGAGAGACGAAAGGAGUAGAACACCUCCAUUACGCAGAAGUAUAACCCCAAGAAAAGACAAAGAAGUAAAUUCCAAGAAUUCUCAUGCUCCUUCUGUAGGCGAGAUCAAUGAAAUGGUUGCAAAUGCGAAACUCGCGAAGAGUCCAAUCCGACGUGGACCUGUUUUCGAUAGCACAGACUCUCUUCCAGGUGGAGAUAUCUUCUUUUCUCGAGAUUAUCCACCAGUUUCAAAGCCGAAAGUCUUCAUAGAAAAGAAAUCCUACAAAUCAAACACCAUUCCUAACUACAAUACUCCUGGGAGUUCAUGGAAGUUCACUGCAAAUAGGAGAAAAAACCAGACAGAUGCAUGGUUUUCUUGCAUAGGGAAAGGAUCAUGUCGAAGUGGAACUAAUAAAAAGUCUCCUGAAAGAGCUUUUGAUGAAGCUUCUUUUAUUGAAAAGGCUUUUGUUGUUGAAAGUCUUAGACAAUUUUGGGCUGAUAAACAUCAACCUUCUUCAUUGGAUGGAUUUGCUUGUCAUAAACAAGAAGCCCUUCAACUUAAACAACUUGCAUCACAAGAAAUAUUUCCACAUAUUCUUUUCAAGGGAGGUCAAGGUUCAGGGAGGAAAGCAUUGACAAUGGCCCUAUUGCGUGAGAUAUAUGGAGAUGCUGCUCGAAAUAUAUCUCAUGAUUUAAGAUACUUCCAGAUUCAGGAAACUCGGUUGACUCAAGUAGCUGUUCCUGUAACUUCAAGUGUGCAUCAUGUAGAGCUUAAUGUGUAUUUGGAAGCUAAUGCCAGAUAUGCCCUUAUGGCUUCAGUUAAACAAAUAACUAGCAAUCAUUCAGUUGCUCCUGAGAUUAGUACAGUUAAUUUGAAGCCAGAUUUUACAGUUAUGGUCCUUUAUGAUGUUGAUAAAGCUGAUGAAAGCAUUCAGCACUUGAUAAAGUGGAUCAUGGAUUGCUAUUCAGAUGUUUGUAAACUUGUCCUUUGUUGUGAGGAUGAUCUUCAUAUUCUUGAACCUGUCAAAACUAGGUGCCACGUCAUCAAACUUGAUCCUCCAGUGACCCAUGAAAUCAUGGAAGUUCUUAUUCAAAUAGCAAGGAAAGAAAACUUUGAUUUACCAAUGAAAUUUGCUGCAAAAAUUGCUAAUAAAUCCAAACAGAAUUUAAGGAAAGCAAUCAUGGCUCUUGAAGCAUGCAAGUCUCACAACUAUCCUUUUGUAGAAGAUCAACCAAUUGCAAUAGGAUGGGAAAAUGUCCUAAUUGACCUUGCUGCUGAGAUCCUAGCUGAUCCAUCAUCUAAAAGGCUAUUUCUCAUACGUGGAAAGCUACAAAAACUUCUGGUGGAGUUUGUUCACCCAAAAUUGAUUCUUUUGAAACUGAUUGAACAGUUCCUCAAGGGUGUAGAAGCUACCAUCAAAAGGGAACUAUAUUAUUGGCAUGGUUAUUAUGAUAAGAGACUCCCAGUUGGAACCAGUGCCUUACUAAAAUUAGAAGAGUUUGUUGCCAAAUUCAUGAGUAUACACCGCAAGAAUUUACUUAAUCGUCAGUGACUGACUGAAGUUUUGCGAAUGCGUAUUCAGACACAUCGGAAAGAAAAGAUAAUGCGGAAUCCCAAGAUUGCAAUAUUUACUUUUUGGGGGAAUUGUUUGGUGUGAAAUUACAUAUUUACCCAUUAUAAUCGUUAUGAAUAUAGAUUUGGUUGUGGGUGUUUUUUAUGAAUAUUUUGUAUCAAAUGGUGAAUUAUGUUGAACUUAAGUAUGUAUAUUUUAGUUAAUAGUUGUUUGAGUUAAGUCACUCAAAAAGAGGUAUGAAUUUUGAAAAUAAAUUGAUUUGUUGUAAUAGUCAUUAAACAGAC